ACUCAUGGCACUUCACUCACUGAAGGAGAAACAAGUCCGUGCGUAAAAGCUGAAGUUUAACGCUACUGCGCAACAUUGGAGCAACCUGGGAGAUAACAGAUUUGUGGGAGUGAAAACGCAAAAAGAAAAACAGCAACGGGGCGAGCGGCAGGAUAUUUGGUUGUAUGGCACCUCAGUCGUGCGUAAUGAAUCCUGAGCAGGGAUCACCGCCCUCGGCUGCUCUGGGGGAGACCUCACCGGAGGACCGAGCCGCUGGAGGCACAGGGGCCGACGAGCUGGACCUGUCAUCUGUCAGAAGGUGUAAAACAAAAGGCUUAGAUCUGCCUUUCAGUGUGGAGUCCCUCAUAUCAGACAGGACGCCGGACAGGAGACUCCACUCCCCAAAACAUGGUUCAGCAGAGGAGACCGAGUGUGCGUCACCCAGCGGACUGUACCGCUCCAAACCCGAGGCUGUGGACCUCAGCGACAAGGAAACGAACCCCUGGUUGCAGACUCCUUACGCGUCCCCUUCAAGACUUCCCAGCCCCUCAUCGUGCAAUCUACGUAAACACAAGAACAACAGGAAACCCAGAACUCCCUUCACAACCUCUCAGCUGCUGUCUCUGGAGAGGAAGUUCCGUCAGAAACAGUACCUGUCCAUCGCAGAGAGAGCGGAGUUCUCCUGCUCCCUCAGCCUCACAGAGACCCAGGUCAAGAUCUGGUUUCAGAACCGCAGGGCCAAGGCCAAGAGGUUGCAGGAGGCCGACCUGGAUAAAUUCAAGCUGGUCGCGAAGCCGCUGCUGCCGGCCUUCAGCUUCCCCUUCCCCCUGGGCCCCAUGGGUGCUCCGUCCCUCUACGGGGCUCUGACCGGACCCCGGCCGGCAUUCCCCGUCCCGGGACUAUUCGGUGGACCAUAUGGGAUGUACUACUUGUCUUAACCCUCACUAACUUUCAUCGUCUGGAAAGCUUCUAUAAAAAACGCCUUGAUACAGCAAAUGACCAACACUGCAAAAAAUCCAUCCCAUGAGUCAACCUGUCGUGAAUCCUAUUCGAACAAGCAUAUGAUAUUUUCGUUAUAAGGAAAAAUGUAAUAUUUUUUGUACACAAAAAUACUGGUAGAACAAUCUCGGCCACUAGUCCUUCAUUUAGGCCUUAGAAACACGCGAAACGGAAAUAAGUGGGAUAUUUUCACUCCAUUGGCAUUUUUAAAACACAUCUUUAUAAUAGGCUAAGUUACUUUUCUGUCAACAGUUAAGCAUGUGUUAACAUUUUUAUUUGCAGUGCAUUUGGUAUUAUCUUUUAUUUUAUAACGCAGACUCACUGAGUUUAUUUUUCUCGGGCUCCAUAUUCAAACUUCAUAUGUUUUAAGGUUUUCUAUUCCGUAAAUAUUUAAGUCAGUAAUUUUAAAGAGAUUACACAACUAUUUAAAACCCUGACGUUUUGUGGUUUUAAGCAAUAAGUGCUUUUUUAAAGCACUUUUUACCUACAUUCCCGAGGCCUUUGAUUGUACGUUAACAUACGACCAGAGAAUAUAAAGAAGAAAUUAAGAAAAUAAAUUAAAGAACAUUAUUCUAAAAGAACAUCCAUAUAAUCAAUAAUGAGACCCAUCAUGAAACCCCCCUGGAGUGCUCCUUAGUGCCUUUUCAUCACUUUUGUAAUGAAGUCAAAAGUUUAGAAGGAACCUUUUCCUUAUUUAAAAAUAUGUAUAUCUUUGGCAUUACUUUAUUCUUUUUAUUUUUUUUAUUUGAACCAUGAGAGCUUUCAACGAGAAUGUAAACAACUUAAUUCCCGUUAGUUUCUAAGUUCUUAACAAUUUUCUGUUUCAAAAAUAUAAAUCAGCUAUAAAAUUAAUGUUAUUUAAUUGUAUUUACAGUACCUCAAAAGGAAAACUUUUUUGCACAGGUGUUCAAAGAGCUCUUAAAAGUCCUGUUUCAUUACUAAAAUGUAAAUAAAAGUCAUCAGCUAUUUUUGCAAACAUUCAAAAAUGCUAAAUGAAUGUACAGUGUAUUUUAUAUCUGAUGGGUGAUGAUGUUUUGUACAAUUAUUAAAAUCUUUUAUGUAAA